AGUGAAGUUGCAAGCCUCAUGUUUCAUUUCUUCUAUUUAGAAAGAGCAUUUAGCAACAACAACACCAACAUACAUAACCAUAUCCCAAACUUUCUCUUUCUCUAUCUCUAUCUAUCAAUCAAACACAGUAAUAUACUCUCAUCUCAUCUCAUCACAUCAUAUCAUGGCUUCUUACAUAUAUCCUCCUCCUCCUCCCAAACUCACCUUCCCUAACCAAAAACUCUCCAUUCCUUUCCCUCUCAGAAAACCCUCACUUCUUCCAUUCCCUUCCCAAUCCCUCUCUCGCUGCCUCAACUCCGGCUCCGAUAACCACAACAACGCCGCCUCUGACCGCCGAUGGGAUUCCCUGCUCCACGACUUCGUCAGGAACGCCGUCAAGCACUUCGAUUCCAUCAUGAAAUCACUCACCAACGACCGCACCGUCGAUGCCAAAGAAGAUGAUGACGACGACGACGAUGAAGAAUGGGAUUGGAAUCGGUGGCGCGAGCAUUUCGAUGAGGUCGACGAGCUCGAGCGUCUCCUCUCCAUUCUCAAGUCUCGGUUAAGUCGUGCUGUAUAUUUCGAGGAUUUUGAAGAUGCUGCUAGGCUUAAGGUGGCAAUUGCAGCUGCAGCUAACAAUGACAGUGUUGGAAGAGUGAUGUCUCAUCUCAGUAGAGCCAUAAAAGAAGAGCGGUAUGGUGAUGCAGCUUUUUUAAGAGAUAAAGCUGGUGCUGGACUUGUGGGUUGGUGGGCUGGUAUUUCAAAAGAUGUUAAUGAUACACAUGGUCUUAUUAUCCGCAUAACUCCAGAGCAUGGAAGAUAUGUGGCAAGGAGUUAUAGUCCUAGGCAACUUGCAACAUCUGCUGCUGGUGUUCCUCUAUUUGAAUUUUUUCUUACAAUGGAUAAGAAAGGUGAAUUCAAGUCACAGGCUGUGUACUUGAAGCGAAGAGGGGCUUUCAAUGGUCCUCCAACAACCUCCUCUAAAGCAUUGGAUGCUGCUUCGAGAUUGAGUUCAGUGGAGUCUACUGAAGAUAGAAGUGAGCUGUUUGUUGUGAGUACUGAAGAUAUGGAUAGUGGAGAUGAGAGGAAAGAUGGCUCUGAUCCUGCUGAGGGUAUGCCUGGAUUUCAGAAUGUCUUGAAAGAUAUGAUUCCUGGUGUAAAGGUGAAGAUUUUCAAGGUAAUAACUCCAGAGAAAGUAGACAAGGAUCUUAUAUCUAAGGUGAUUGAGCAGAUAAUUGAGGAAGAAGAGGAUGAAGACGAAGAUGAAGACGAGGAUGAAGAUGCAGAUGAAGAUGGUGAUGAUGAUGAAGGUGAAGAGAAUGAAAAUGAUACAGAAAGUCUGGAACUGGACAUUAAGUCUGAAACUGACCGAGAGGGAGAUGAUGGGAUUGAAAUAAAUCCUGGUCUGGGAACUUUUGAACGUGAAGAACAGAAUGAAAUUGCAGUCAAAGUUGUCAUUGGUGGUCUUGUUCAGAAACUUUCCAGCAAUUUAUCCACUAGAAAUUUGCUUCGAGUCCCUGCUAAGCUGGAGAUGAAGGGGCGUGGUUCAUUUUCCUUUACUGUUGAAAAAGAAGUCAACCAACAGGAUGGUCAUGAUAAAGGAAAUUCUCCAUUGGAUAAGUCAACUAAGUUUCAAGGUCGACGCAGAGCUGAUCAUGUUAUUUUUGACCUUGCUAAAUUCAUUGGAAGGGGAAAGGUACCCUCAAAGGUGCUGAAAGAGGUGGGAGAAUUAAUAAGUCUCACUCUAAGCCAAGCCCAGAACCAUCAACCAUUAUCUGGGUCAACUAUUUUCAAUCGCAUUGAAAUACCAACUUCGUUUGAUCCGUUAAAUGGUCUAUACAUUGGUGCACAUGGGCUUUACUCAUCUGAAGUUAUUCAAAUGAGACGUAGAGUUGGUCAGUGGCAAGAAGAGGAUGGGGCUAAGGAGCCUUCGGAUCUUGAGUUUUAUGAGUAUGUAGAAGCGUUGAAACUAACUGGGGAUCCUUAUGUACCAGCUGGCCAGGUGGCAUUUCGUGCAAAAGUUGGAAAGAGGUAUCAACUUCCUCAUAAAGGGAUAAUUCCUGAAGAGUUUGGAGUGAUUGCUCGCUAUAAAGGUGAAGGGAGGUUGGCUGAGCCAGGGUUUCAGAAUCCUCGAUGGGUUGAUGGUGAACUUGUGAUUCUAGAUGGCAAGCACAUAAAAGCAGGGCCAGUUGUUGGAUUUGUGUACUGGGCCCCUGAGUAUCAUUUUUUGGUCUUCUUCAAUCGGCUUAGGCUUCAACAGUAGGGUUUCGUUGUUCAUUAUAUCAGAGACUUGUAAAUUCUUUCUUCAGAUUUUUUAGCGCUCCAGGUUUUGAUGAAUGCUAAAAUCUUGUGCUCUAAUGGAAGACAUCACCUAUCACUGCAGGGUCUUCCAUUUAAGCUUCAGAAGAUUUUAACCACCAGCUUUCUGCCAAGCAGCAUAGAAUUUGAGCGUUUGGCUGCUUGUCUAGUUCUAACUCGACUGACUGGGGUAUCUUAAAGCUUGGUUGCUGUAGCUUGACUAAUUAUAGAAUGAAGGGGGAUUCAUAAUAUCAGCACUAAAGUGCAAUGUACUGGUCUCUUCAUUCCGUGUAUUAUGGAGGUGUAGUGUUCACAGGGUAUCUUUCAUCAACUUUGUAUAUGGUUCCUAAUUUUUUUUACAAGUUAUAUUCCCUUGUAACGUAUAUUCAUAAUCAUGCUUAGUUUAAUGUGUGCAGGGUUUAUAUCAUUUUUUUUUAUUUUUUUUUUUGUAAUAGGGUUUACAUAUCAUUGUUCUUUCUGUUAGGAUGAAAGAAAUCUUUCAUUAAAAA